AUGUCCGUUCAACUUGAUGGGUUCCUACCAAGGGCUGCGGUCUUUUGGUCUGAGGUCGUGGAUUCUUUUUCGCCUCAGAGGAUCGAGUUCGUUGGGACACUACUCGUUCAGAUAGUGGCAUUCUGGCUGCCAUCAAUAUUCUAUAUUCUGGUCGAUAUGAUCGCUCCCACCUUCUCCCAGCGACACAAGAUUCAGCCAGCCCCAAAACAACCCACGCGACAGGACAUCGUUCGCUGCUUCAUCGUCGUGACGCAGAAUCAAAUCUUGUCCUCGGCACUGCACAUGGCACUUCUUUCCAUCACCAGCCGCGCCGGUUCUGCAUCCGCAUAUCGCGUCGAGGCAGCCUUGCCCCCAGCUAUUGAAAUUGUUCGUGAUGUCUUCAUAAGUCUCCUUCUCCGCGAGGCAAUGUUUUAUUAUAGCCAUCGCUUACUGCACGUCCCGUACUUCUACCGCCGCAUCCACAAGAAACACCACAAGUUCACAGCGCCGAUCGCUCUUGCUGCGCAGUUUGCGCAUCCCUUUGAACAAAUCCUCGCAAAUACGCUCCCUAUUUCAUUGCCGCCGCAGCUUCUACGAAGUCAUGUGUUGACAUUCUGGAUCUUUUUGGCUUGGGAGUUGUUCAAUACUGCCACGGUGCAUAGUGGGUAUGAUUUUUUCCAUGACAAGGCGAAAAUGCAUGAUCUGCAUCACGAAAAGUUCAAUUUGAAUUAUGGGUCUAUUGGCUUGUUGGACUGGGUUCAUGGAACGAACAAGUUGGGCAAACGGCAUUCCGAGUAA